UUUUGCAAGCAACCCUAUUGGAAAUCCUAUGAUCUCAGGUUUUGGAUGUUCUUUUUGAAAAUUUACGACGAAGUAGUGAACCAUCGCAAAAUGAGUUCGAGUGAAGAUGGUGAUUUGAUCGAUCUGGGAAAUGAUAAUUGUGUGCCACGGGUAUCGAUUCAAGAAUCAUCAUCUGAUGAACAAGAACAUCUUCUCGAUGUAUGUCCGCCAAAAUUGGAACAAACGUUGUCGUUAACUAGAAAACAAGAACAAAUACAAUACAUAAGCGAUAACGGUGAUGUAUUAGUCACUUUAGGUCAUGAUCAAGUAGUGCCGAUUCGUAAAAGAAUCGACGUCGUUUCGUCUGAUACGAUAAAAAGAGUUCGUGAUAUUACCAGGAACUUAGAACCAGUUAUAAGAAAGACCUGUUCCGACAUUAAUGAGGAACAUCAAGACACGGUUGAUUAUGGGAGUAUAUCGAAUCACAAAGACGCACAUUAUCACAGCGAAAAACUUGAGGACGAGACUUUCGAGACACAGGAAAUCAACAAUGCUUUUAAUUUUCUCACAGAACACGAUGACAGCGAAGAUCAAACUGAAGCAAAGUGUAAUCGUUAUAACCAAGUUAUAAACUCUCAUGGGCUAAUCUUACUAAACAGUUGUGCCACAAAAAAUGAAAAUCUGUUAAAUUACCAUGGUGGUAGCUCAUCGCAAACUUUAAACUGCUGGGAAACUGAUACAGAUUUAAAUAAUUCAACUUUCGAAUUAUGUUCUGGCAAACCUUCCGAAAGUACUUCGAGGACGACUAGAUCUGGUUCUCUUGAUUAUAAACUUGAAGUUGGCAACAUCAAUAUGAUUAAAAAACGUUCCGAAGAGCAAACAUUUGUACGAACAGCUAAAAGAGGAUCAUUUCAACAUAUGCAUCGCAAAUCCUGGACAGAAGGAACUACGCUCAAGACUGUGAAACAGGAUACAUUUUCUCGAUUCAACAGAUCAACUAGUUUGAGGGGCUAUAAUUGUGCGCCAUCAACUUCCAAUGGUAUUCAUCGGCACUCUAGCUUUAUUUCAAGUUGUUCAACGGUGGGAGGAUUGGAAACAAAUGGAAUGGAUCAAGAGGACGGAUAUUCAGAAUGUUCGGAAGUAGAUUGGUCGUGGUUAGAGGAAGUAGAAUGUCCGCGGGUUACGGAGUCGUUAGCACCUGGUGUAGUUGAUGCGGUUCAGGAGAACACCGAUGGAGGGAGUGUACCUCCCACCAGUGAAAAUGCAAAGCGCAGGCGCGGCCGCGAGCAUCGUGCUACUGAGGCGGGUUGCAGUGCCGCGAUGUCUGUCUCUGGGACAGUAAAGUCCCUAGUGGUCGGUGGUUCGCGAUGGUUAACUUCCGACCCGUUGUCUAAUUGUAACGGAAAUGAUCAGGAUGAAACUGUACGUUGUAACGCGAGCAACGAAGCCAUCGAUCGCGAAACACGCGACAACCCUACGCUCGUUAACUCUUGGGUACGAGCAUCGAUGAGACGUUUGCGCCACUUGAGAUUACCGGAAGAAACCGAGCGGCAACGAAACAUCGAUUCAAAUAAUUGCCGCGGAGCUAUUGUAUCUGCACCAAAUUCUUUACCAGAUAUUGCUCUAAUCGCUCCAGAGAUAUUAGCUGCCCAAACGAACGGCACUUCCGGUACCCUUUUGAGACCAUCCAGCGCUCCUGUCAGAAACACAAAUAGUUCAAACGUAGUGCCAUCGCGAAGAGGUGGAAGACAAUUUAGAGGAAGUCGAUCACAAGGAACAAGAAGCCGUGAAAUUGCUUCUAGACAAAGUAGCGUUUUAUCGUCAACUACGGGCAGUGAUACAACCGCUUCAGGAACCACGACGUGCUCCAGCUCUUUCGGCGGUGUUUCUACUAGUCCACCUUCCAGCACGGCGACAAGUCCGCAACGUAUUGCUUCCAGACGAAUAUGUGAAAGACAGAGAGAUAUCGAUAGGGAUGAGGAUAGAGGGGAGGACGAAGAUGAGGAUGCAAAUCCACUGGGAAAAUGGCCACAUGCUCUUAGUCCAGCCUUGGCGUGUCUUAGUUGCACCCUUGGUCUCUUUAAUAUAAGUAGAUUUUCUAUCCUUAGUGUACAAUUCGGAGCAAAUUUCAUUGUACAGUUCCUGAUUUUAUCUUUGGUAUUGGGUAUUCCACUUCUGACGUUGCACGUGUGUCUCGGUCAAAGGUUGGCGGCUGGAUCCAUGGAUAUGUGGAAAAUUUCACCCCUCUUUCAGGGUGUUGGUAUAGCUCUUCUAAUUGCACAAGCAUUUAUCGGUAUUUACAGUAUUGUUGGCGUAUCCUGGAUGUUCGUGUACUUUAGAGAUUCGUUUAUAACGAAGCAGGAUAAGUACCGAUGGGCAGAACCGUUUUCUUUGUACAGAGAGGAUAAAUCUACACAAAAUAAUAGCAAUUUGCAUAAAUUGUAUGAAACAGUACCGGAUUAUUUUAGUGGAGUUGUUUUACAAAGACAUCAUUUAAAUGAAUCAGAUCCUGGUGUUGUAACGUUAAAGUUUCAAGUAGCUUUCAACUUAGCUGUUGUAUGGAUGAUUGUAUUCGUAUCAUUAAGCAAAGGUUUAAGAUCUUAUGGCAAAGUAGUGUAUGUUUUUACGCUGGUUCCUGUAUUUGGUACUUUGGUACUUUGUACGAAAUUACUUGGUCUCACACCACCAGGUUCUAUACAUCAACUUUUUCCUGCCACUGUAUGGACUGAGUUUUUUAUUAACGGCAAAUCAUGGGUAGCAGCAUCUAUCGAGGUUUUCCUUACCUGGGGAUUACUUGGUGCAGCCGCUAUGCAGAUAGCUGCUCAUAAUAAGCACAAACACCUGUUACAACGAGACACGAGUCUCGUAAUUGUGUUAACUAUUGCAGUUCUGCUUCUCGCAGCUUUUUUGGCAAAUACCUGUGUGCAGGUUCUCAGACAUCAUGGAUAUAUUUAUAUACCUAGUUCAUUUGAAAGAAUAUCGUCAUAUAUGUUUAUGAGACCUGUAAAUCAGCCAGCACCACCGGGAUAUAGUAGUACACCAGAAAGAUUUAUGGCACAUGCGUCGUUUAUUGUUGGAGAACGCGUAACUCGUCCUGGUGCGGACUUUAGCGUUGAAUCUGGCUAUCAAGCUUUGAGAUUUUCGACUGAAUUAGUUCCUGCAACAUUAGCGUUGCUGGGCACCGAACAAGUGUCACCAUUCUGGGCAGUUCUUUUCUACUUUAUUCUCAUCCUAUUUGGAAUAGCUCAACAGCUAGCAAUAUGGCAUUGUGUGAUAACUGGCAUAAUGGCAAUCAAUGCAAAAAUGAUGAAGUUGUGGGAAACUACUAUUACAUUCUUCAGUUGCGCUUGUGCUUACAUACUAGGAUUACCAAUGGCUACGGAAUUGGGCAUACACGUUGUGUAUUAUCUAGACUACACAAUCGGUGGUACUUGGUGGAUAAUGAUUUUAUACUUGGUGCAAGUCGGUGCCGUAUUUGCAGUACGAGGACGACCACAUAGUGGUGAAGCGGUGGUUGCUGAAUUGUUUCCUCCAACUGGUCGAUGUCUUAGACACUGGGCUGGUCCUCUUUUAUCAUUCACAUGGAAUGUUGUAUUACCCGUUAUUCUCAUGGUACUUAGUAUUACGGUAUUUAAGAAUGCUGGAUUUCGAGAACUUUAUUCCUAUCGCAGUAUAGCUAGAGAGUAUUGGACUAUUUGGGAAAAACAACUUGGAGCUACUAUUCAGUUAGUACCGAUAUUGACGAUACCAGCAGUAGCUAUUAUACAAACUUGUCGAUACUUAAACAACGGUCCACCUGAUAUAUUUGAUAAUAAUCAAGUGGAAGUUAAUGUAAAUCACUGCGAACAAUGUAAUGGUAGAAUUCAAUUAUUGUAUCGGCCAUCUUUGGAACCAGAUGAUCCACGAGAUGCACAAACACAUAUUGGAGGCGAUAUAAGUACUAGUAUUCAUGGCAAUGGUAUUGUACAUACAACGACAGAAGUACCAUUUGAGGAUCCACCGCCAAAAUAUACACCUCCUCCAAGUUACACUACUGCAACAGGAGCGAGAAUAGCAAAAAUGUUACGGCAAAGUUUUCGAAGGAGCGUACGGCGAAUAGCUAAUGUGCUUGGUGAAACUAGCACUCCAAGGCAGAGACCAGCGUUACAACCUCCACCUCCAGAUUAUGCCACUGUACUUGUAGAAAUGAAUCAGAGUAGACAGACGCAGGAUGUAACGAUUCAUAUAACCGAAGCAAGAAAUGACAACAAUAGCUCGAAUUCUCGAAAUAGUGCCGCAGAAAGACAUAGACCUAAUACAAUCGAUAGAACAACGAGAAUUGGUGCAGUAGAAUGCUCGGUAGAAAGAACACAUUCAACACUCGAAAGACCUCGUCGACCGUGUAUGACUUCAUCGAGCAGUUCGAAUUUAACUGCAGUCGAUGUUGCAAAUUUACUUCGUAGUAGCAUUAGAAGAGGAACUACGCGGACUCAACAGUCCCUACGUAGAAGUUUUUGUCACGAUGAGUCGACAGUAGCGGCGUCCGUUGAGAAUCUAGUCGAGGCUGCGGCGCCGAUCGGUGAAGAAUCUUUGGUCCUUCCGAAGGACGUAUCUCUAGUCUCCAAUGAACAGGCUAAGGAUAAAAGCGACGAUAAAAAGACUGCCGAAGAAACGGAUGACUCCGUUUCUGUGAUAUAGACUAUGUCCUUCUUUUGCGUUUUUACGAAGAAUAAUCCGAGAAUAAUUUAAUUU